ACAAACUAACACACUGGGUAACGCUCAGAGUGAAAUGUUUUGUCUGUAGAAGAAAGAAAGAUGUUGGCUAUUCGAAGCUAAUCGAUGAUUCUGAUGAAGCCAAGUGAAUUUUUCUCCAACCGUUCGGGCAGCUUCUCAUUUUCGCUUUGAUCAACCAGUCAGUGCAAGGUUGCACUUCCUGGUCUCCUUUGGUCAAUCAGCAGGUCAGUCACAGCUGACCCAUGGAGGAAAGACCAGACAGUCCAAGAGCUGUUAAGGUGGAGGAGCUUUCGCAGUGUGUCAUCCUGACUUACUUCAAGGGGGACAUCAACAGCAUGGUGGAUGCUCACUUCAGCCGAGCUCUCAACAAAACCUGCAAGUCCAAGGCACCUGCAGCAAAAGUAAAGAAAAUACGCAAAACUAUUAAGCUGGAGCCCACCAUCGGCUCCUGUCAGGGCAGUGCAGCUGAGUCCUACAGAGAGUCGCAGGCCCCCCCAGCACCUGGACACCUCCUCAGCUUCAGCUCCGCAGACAACACCCCCGGCUCCUGGCACUCCUUCACUGCCAGGACAGGGGAGGGUCCGGGGCUGCCCUCCAUCACAUACUCCUUGUCUCCAGAGGGGCUCAGUCUUACCGGACAGCAAUAUGCCACGUCCCUGCUCAACCUGCUGCACAGUGACCGGGGGGAGAUGGGGCCCAGCAUGGCCUCCAGCUCCAAGCCGGAACUGCUGCCCAGCUGGACGAUGCCUCCAGGGUUCAGAGAGUCUGUGGACCCGGCUGUGGGCUUUGAACCUGGUAAUCUGCAGCUGCAAUACAACAUCUUUAGGAAAACUUCAAACCUGUAAAAUGGACGGCAUCUGGACAAGAAGGACUUGUACUGGUACUGAGGAGAAAAGGACGCGAGCAGCAGACAUCAGCUUUAACGUCACCAUGUACCUGUGGCUCUGUAAAACCUCCCGCCUUACUGUUCAGUCCAGUGGCCUUUCUUUUUUUAGCCAUCAAACAGGAUCCUGAGUGUCAUCUGACAACGCAGUUGGAAGAAACAGCAGAGCUACUACUCCCUGCCCCGCUCUCUCUUUUCCUCAGUAAAAAUGAUCUCAGUACCUCAGCAUGUACUAACUUGAACAACCUUUCUAAACAGAAACACUCUCUGACAAACCGGUUCCUCCACUCUGUCUUUCCUCUUGUAGAUGUCAGGGCACAGUGUGUGUUAUUGCUCCCUCUGCGGUGGAGUUGGAUGAAGGGCAUUUUCUUGUGCCUUUAUCAGGCAAUUAUCUUAAACUUGUAAAUAGGCCAGUAUUAGGUGUGAACACUGUGAGCCUUUUGUGUGUAUAAAUACUGUUGUUAUUGGUUAUUACUCUGUUUACAGUUCACCAGGAGAGGUGUUAGCUGUGAGGACAUUUUGUGCAUACGAACAAAAACAAUGAAGGAUAGUGAUGUUAUGUUAAUGACUUGUUUUCUGUCAUGUACUGUAAAUAAGUGAAUCAUAUACAUACUUAAAUAAAUAUAUGAGCAGAUAUAAAA